AUGGCAGCAGAAACAGCCAAGGGAGUUUUGUAUUCUCCUUCUCAGCUCGAUGCUGACCCUGCAGACGCUCCGUUGCCCCCCUGGAGACGGGGGGAGACCAGCAGCAGCAGCAGCAGCAGCAGCAACAGCAGCAGCAGCAACAGCAGCAGCAGCAGCAGCAGCAACAGCAGCAGCACUAAUUGGAGCUCCAGAACACCCGGUGAAGCGACCAGCAAUGGCAACUGCAGCAGCAGCAGCAGCAACAGCACGUCAGAACCGAAACCAGCAGCAGCAGCAGCAGCAGCAGCAGCAGCAGCACCAAGGCGACGCCGCUUCGAUGUGGGGCCCCCCAGCAGCAACGCGGGGCCGCCAGCAGCAGCAGCAGCAGCAGCAGCAGCAGCACCAACACCACAAGCAACAGCAGCAGCAGCAGCAGCAACAACACCUGCAGCAGCGGCAGAAACCCCAGCGGCGAUAGGAAAAGGAACUCCACAGAUACAGCAGCAGCAGCAACAGCAGCAGCAGCAACAGCAGCAGCAGCAGCAGCAGCAACAUAAGCGACAGUAUGAGGGCAGCAGCACAUACAGGGAAAGAGAGAGAGACAGAGAAAGAGAAAGAGAAAGAGAUAGAUAUAGAGACAGAGAGAGAGACAGAGACUGGGGGAGAGACAGAUACAGAGACAGAGACAGAGAGAGAGACAGAGAGAGAGAGAGAGACAGAGGUAGAUAUAGAGAGAGAGAAAGAGAAAGAGAGAGAGAAAGAGAGAGAGAAAGAGAGAGAGAAAGAGAGAGAGACAGAGACAGAGAGAGGUGUCGUUAUAUUAGUAUGCCCCGCAGACAACGCCUGGAGGAGCAGCAGCAGCAGCAGUUGCUGCUAGAGCAGCAGCUGCAGCAAGAACGUCUGCAGCAGCAACUGCAGCAGCAACAGAUGCUGCAGCAGCAACAGCAAAUGCAGCAGCAGCAGCAACUGCAGCAGCAGCAGCAACUGCAGCAGCAGCAGCAGCAUGAACCCUCAGGUGGAGGCUGGGCCCCCCCUCCAGUUAUCUCUCCCCCAGAGCCACCUCAGCAGCAGCAGCAGCAGCUGCAGCAGCAGCAGCAGCAGCAGCAGCAGCAGCAAGACUUAGCCGGCGACUCUGGCGCAGCAGCAGCAGCAGCAGCAGCAACAGGAGCAGCAGCAGCAACAGCAGCAGCAGCAGAGGCUGGGGCUCGCCGCAGCCGCCGCUUGGCUUCUCUGCGGAGCGUCAGCCGCAGCACGUCUCCUCCCCACAAGGACUUCAGCAGCAGCAGCAGCAGCAGCAGCAGCAGCAGCAGCAGCAGUCAGCAUAUAAGCAGCAGCAGCAGCAGCGGUUUUUUUUACUGUAAUUUGCCUUCGCCUUCGGUGAUGUCUCUUUCUGAUGAUGGGGGGGACGAAGCAGCAGACAUAGCAGCAGAUUCAGCAGCAGCAGAAGCAGCAGCAGCAGCAGCAGCAGCAGCAGCAGAUACAGCAGCAGCAGCAGCAACUUCUGCUGCUGCUGUUGCUUCUUCUUCUGCUGCUGCUCUCACUGGCUCCACCCCAACACGGACAAAGACACAGCAGCAAGACAAGAGGGCCUUUCUAGACCCGUGGGGUCACCAAGAGCAGCAGCAGCAGCAGCAGCAGCAGCAGCAGCAGCAGCAGCAGCAGCAGGGGGCCCCCAACCUCCCCUCACUCAGCGCGGUGCUGCGGCCCUCAAUCCAGGCCCUCCUAGCAACGACGAAAGGGCAGCAGCAGCAGCAACCAGUAGAACCCCAUCCCCUGCUGCCCCCUCGUCCUGUGCUGCAGCAGCAGCAGCAGCAACCAGUAGAACCCCAUCCCCUGCUGCCCCCUCGUCUGCAGCAGCAGCAGCAGCAACCAGUAGAACCCCAUCCCCUGCUGCCCCCUCGUCAGCAGCAGCAGCAGCAACCAGUAGAACCCCAUCCCCUGCUGCCCCCUCGUCCUGCUGCUGCUGCUGCUGCUGCUGCUGCUGCACCUGCUAUAGAUUUAGCUUUGCUGCGAAAGAUAGAGAAGCUGCAGCAGCUGCAGCUCUGUCUCAACUGCAAGGGUCCGUUGCUGCCUGAGGGUUCUUCAGCAGCAGCAGCAGCAGCAGCAGCAGCAGGACGCAGCAGCAGCAGCAGCAGCAGCAGCAGCAGCAGCUUGCUGCUGCUCGGUGUCUGUGGAAAAGGCGUUGGGGCGUGCUGCCUGUUUAUCUUGCGCGAAGCAAUUAGCUAA